UCAAAAAGCACCCAGUGUCACAUUGAUAUUGGACGAACGCGGGUCGCGCCCUUUGACCGUGAAAAAAAGUAAAAAUUCCGCGCGCUUUUUCUUUGCGAGAAAAAUAUUUUUUUUUGUUUUAUAAGUAGUCAAUUUUGUGAUUUUUUAAUAUAUAUUGUUUACUUAAAACAGCGAAAAACAUAAAAUAAGUGAAUUAUUUUAAUAAGUAAGUAGGUACUUAUUAAAAUAUGUUGAUUUGAAAAUCUGUGUACCUUUUAACAAAAUGUUAAUUGUCGAGAAUUUCAAUUGUUUUGUGAGAAAAUAAUAGUGAAUGAGGUUCAGUCAAAGUUGAUUUAUUACAAAUUGUUGGUGAAAUAGAAUAUUUUGAUAUUAUAACUAAUAUAAGGUUCUGAUGUCCAGUUACGGCAGCAUGUCACCCUCAGACGAGGGCUUCGACCGGUACGAGCCCCCCUUCUACUGCCCGCCUGCUCAUCAUGGCAGCCCAAUGGACGGGGCGGCAUAUUGGCCAGCUGUCAACGGCGAGGGUCAGGAGUUCGACACCGCGGACAUGUAUCACGAUACCAACCAUUACAUUGGUAGAAGUUAUGGUUAUGAAGACAUGCAAAUGAGCGCUAACGAACCGUAUGAUACAUAUCAUAAUAUGCAUCACACAUUUGCACAGAACAAUUCAGCGAUAGAAUGCGACAUGCAGCCGUUGCCGCUGCGAUAUGAAAGAACAGCGCCAUCUUUCGUCAGAGUCGUGAAGCGCCGGUCAACGGCCAAUAGGAAGGAGAGACGAAGAACACAGAGCAUUAACACCGCCUUCUCUGACCUUAGAGAUUGCAUACCUAAUGUACCGCCGGAUACUAAACUUUCUAAGAUGGCGCGCAGGAGAUCACACAGCAUCAACACAGCUUUUUGCCAACUGAGGCAAAGGAUACCCAAUGUUCUGCCUGACACUAAACUCUCCAAGAUUAAAACACUGCGGUUGGCGACCUCAUACAUAUCAUACCUGCUGAACGUGUUGGAGACAGACGGGGAGCCAGCUGGAGGGUUCAGGGCUGAGCUGCAUCACGCCCCGCCGAGGAGACGGACCAACGAGAGUGCACAGAGUAAUUCAUCCGACAAACGGGGCAAAGGCCGAACGGGGUGGCCACAGCACGUGUGGGCGUUGGAGUUGAAGACGGAACAAAGUUUACCUAGUUAGGUAUAGAAUAGCGCACGGCAGAUAUCGACGCUAAACGUGAUGAGGUGUG